AUGCUGCUAGAAAUUAUAUAAAAAUAAAACAACAAUGACCAAAAUCUGGAUGAAAUAUUGUACAAGUUUUUAUCAAUUGAUUAUUAAUUAGACUAGAAGACUGACUACAAAGAAAUAAUAUUUGUAAUGAAUGACUCUUCUAUUUUAAACUAAACAAAUAAAGGGAUUAAGUAGGAUUAAGAGAAUUGUAGAUUGAAUGAUCUACAAAAUUAUUUAACUCCUCAUCAUCAUAAUACCUUAACACUUUCAAAUGAUAUACCUCAUAACAUUUCAAGUUCUUAGUAAUUCUUUCAUGGCAGGAGAAAUAGUAGAUAUAUGUAGAGUGAUCUACUCAACUUAAUUAACGAUAAGACAAUAUUUUACUAAACCUAAAAUAAAAUGAAUAAUAAGGGUUUAAUUGAAAUAAAGAGUCAACUUUAUUAAAAUUUACGCAUUUUAAAAAAUUUUAACAAAAACUGCUCAAGAAUUUUAGAUAGUUCUACUUUGUUAUAGAAAUUAGUAACAAUCAUAAAUUCUAUCCCUGUGAUUAGCCCUUCAGGAAAUUUUAAAUUUAUUUGGGAUAUUAUAAUGAUAAUAGUCAUCCUUUUAUAUUUAUUUAUGAUUCCUAUUGAAGUAACAUUCUAUUAACCAUUAAAGGAGCUUUUUCCUUAUAAUUUAUUGCUAGUUUGUAACAUUGCUCUUAUUAUUGAUUUCACUCUUCAAUGGAAUUUUGGCUUUUUCGAUAAAGGAUAACCAAACAUGAAUCGAAUGCAAGUUAUGAUUAAAUAUUUUAGGUCUUAGUUUUAUAUCGAUAUAGCAUCUUCUCUGUUUGUUUUAAUUGACUUCUAUUGGUAUAAUAAUAACGUUUCCUCCUUAGUCUAACUUUUACUGUUAAUCUUAAUCGUUUCCCAUAUUAUUAGCUGUGUGUGGAUAGAAGUAUUGCAAUACGAAAUAAAAAAUGAUUUUAAAAAUACGUGGAUUGGUAAUAGCCGACUUAAAUAAAAUGAUUGGGUUAGCAAUUAUAUUCAUGCUUACUAUUUUUCCACAGUGACAAUGAUAACCGUUGGCUACGGAGAUUAUACACCAUCAAAUCCUACAGAAAUGGUUAUUAGUAUUAUUACUAUGCUUUUAUCAUGUGGUGUAUUUGCAUAUAGUAUUAAUGCAAUAGGUACAAUUUUUAAUACUCUAAACUAAAAGAGCUUGGCUAUAAAAAACAACAUGUACACUAUAAGUUCUUAUAUGGCUAAAAAGAAUAUUGACUUUGAUCUGUAAAUGUAAAUCAAAGAAUAUUUAGAAUAUUAUUGGAAUAUGCAGUACUCUAGAGAUGAAUAAUAAGAACAGAAUCUUAUCAAUUAAUUGAGCCCAAAGCUUAAGGAGCGACUUCUUUUAGAAACUUUUAAAAUGAUUAUCAUAGAAUGUUAGAUCUUCAAAGAUAAUUUCUCAUAACAAUUCAUAAUGGAUAUUAUACAAUUGAUUCAAGAAUGCUCAUAUCGACCUGAUGAAAUUAUUCUCUCUGAAUCCAUUUAGGAUGAUCACAGCUUAUAUUUUAUUGAGUCAGGUCAAGUGCAAGUAUUUGUUGAUGAAGAUGCUAAAAAAGUGUUAAAAAAUCUAAAAAAGGGAGAUUUCUUUGGAGAUUACUCAUUUUUUACAGGUCAACAAACUAAUUUGAACUACAAAGCCACAGAAUUUACUUAAGUUUUUAAAAUAAAGAGAUCUAAUAUAUUUGAGUUGUUUCAGAAUAAACCUUAAGAUCUCGAAGCUUUUUGUAAUAUUAAAGAUACACUAUUAUUUACACAGAACUACAGCAUAAUAAAUUCUAAAUGCUAUUAUUGCUCAGACUCUCACCUUACAACAAAUUGCUCAAAAUUAUUUCCUCAAUUUAACAAGAUUAGAAUUGCAAAUAUUAGUAAUUAAUCAGACAUGUAAAUACGGUAAAAUCUUAGUGGUGAGAGAAAGCUGCAUUAUCAACAAGAUAUAGAUUAUUAUUAUUAGAAAUAUAUUUGGAAGGAAGGAGACGAAGAUAUAGAAGAAGAACUUUCGGGAAACUUGGAUGAAGAAUCCAACAAUUAAUCAUCUUUCAACAUUAAUUCUUAAUAAGAUUUACCAUCGUUAGAAUUUGAAAAAUAAAGGUCAAGAAGGUAUUCUCGUAAUUCUUCUUAAAUAUCAUUCAAAAGAAAUAAGCAAAGCUCAUCUAACUUUGAAGAUGAAAGCUAGCUUUAAAAAUCUCCUGCUGCUAAAUUAAAGUCCAAGCAAAACAUUAUAGAUGAGAUUUCUGAUUAAAAUCAUCUUAACUUAAAAAAAAUAAACUCUAAAGAUUAACAAAUUAUGGAAUCCCCUAUAGUUAAAAGGAGAUUGAUCAAAGUUUAAUAGAUUUAAACUAGUUUUAAAGGUGUAAAUGCACUUUAGUAACGUCUUCCAUAAGUGAGCGAAUAUCAGUAAAUAGAAGCCCUUACUCCUUAGAACAAAUAAUAUGAAAGUCCUAUUAGAGUUCCUUCUUAGAGACUUCAGCUAUAGAAAAAUAAUUAAAUGUAUGAUAAAACCUUAAAAGAAUAAAUUUCGCCAUAAACUAAAAUUUUAGCAGAUUCAAAUAAAAGUAGUGAAUUGAUUUUAAAAUUGCAGCAAAUUUUUGAAUAGCAAAACAAUUUAAAAGAAAAGAAUGAGUAAAGUGAAGAAGAAAAUUAUAUUAAUUAAUACCCAUUCAAUAUACCAGGCUGCUAAAGAAAUUUUUAAAUUUUGAGGGUAUUCGAAAGAAAAGUUAAAUAAUAAAAUCUAAAAAAAAAAUAAAAAAAUAACCGUAACUCAAUAAGUUAACUAGUAGUUACUGUUAAUUAAAAUGUAAGAAGCUCAUUACCCAACACUAAGCUAUAAAAGGUUUUGGAAAAAUAUUAAUAUGUUUCUUAAAACCAAGAUGAUACAAUAAGCUUAGAAUAAUUAUUGCCUAAUAUCAAACUUUAAAUAAAUAACUAAAUCGAAAUUCAUAAUAUUAAAAAUGAUGGUGAUCACAGAGCAGGGAUUAGAUAAAAUAGCUUCUCGAUAGAUAAUAAGUAACUUCUUUCUUCUUAAAAGAAAAGUCUUUUCUUAUAAAGUGAAUCUUAAAUAAAUUCUGAUACAACAAUAUUUUAAAUUGCUUUAAGCGAGAAAUUUUAGAGUUAAAGCGGUGUAUAAAGUGAAAUAGAAUCACCUAGCCAGUAAAAAAAAUAAGAAAUUCACUCGACUCAAUAAAUAGCUCAAAAAGAAAAAUAUUUUUAAAGUGAUGAUAGAGAUAACUCUAAUUAAGUUAAUUAAAUAAUUUAGAAUAUUUUCUCAGAGGAUGAGUAUACUCUUCCUCCUAUCACAUAAUAAAAUAACCAAAGGAUAGCUCCUUUCAAAAAAAAACUAAGUUAAUUACAUAUUGAAAAAUAACAUUUUUGA